AUGUUUAUUUCAAAUUACAUCGUUGACGAAACUGUCAACCGGUCGUUGCUAAAGCAUGGAAGCCGAGUUAUUACAGUCGGAACUGGCUCGGUUACAUCCGAGCGGAGCUUGAACACAUGCCUUUUGUCCAGCCAACGACCACGAUAUAUUAGCCUGGAGAACAUCACCGAUUUGGAAGCCCUCAAAUCACGUGUAGGAGAGGAGUUUGGCGUAGUCCAGCCAUCAGAAAUCACCUUCCACGCCGGAGAUGGGACACAGCUUCACUGCCUUGGCGACGUAUCGCGGUGCAGGUCCACCAUUGACAUCCGUAUCGCCAAGAUUCCCAUCCAUUCUCCCCUCGCCUGUAGCCGCGACGAGUUAUACCCAAACCUUUUCGGCAACGUGGACCGUCUAUGCGCCCGAUAUGGUGCAAAGGUGAUCAAGACGGACAACAUGGGGAUGGUGGCGUACUACAGCAACGACCCGGUCAUCGCGCGGCAUGUGCUGCAGGAAGGGGGAUUUUUCUCCAAAAGGACGCCGGACCCGGGGGACCCGCUGCAUUUUGUUUCCGAUAGCGAGGCCCUGCUCGGCGACGGCGACUCGCCAGCCUUUGGCCCGUCGCACCACUUCAUACCACCAUGCGUGGCCCCCAAGGCCGUCCGCUAUUACACGCCGUCGGUGCAGCGGUCCGUCGAAAAGGCCUUUUACAUCCUGGACGCCAUGUCGGACGGUUCGCUCGCAUUCAACGUCUACCAAUACAUGUUUAAACUGGCCGGUCAAAUCGUCUGGAAAACCGUCUUCGGCGCCGAUCUGGGCCAUUUCAACAGCAUCGAAGCCAAAUCCUACAAAACCAUCCACCAUCUAAGCGAGUACCUGGCCUUGAAACAACGUUUAUCCCUCAGGCCGCCCUGGUACGCAAAUUUGCCAUUCGGGGACCCGCGGCGGAUGCGCGAGGUACGCCACCUCCUCUGGGCGGGUGUCGACGAGGCUAUCGAACAGUGUUGUACGGAUGCCUGCACGGAUGAAAAAGAAUCCCAGCUGUACAAAGGGGCGCUGCACACCAACUGCCUGGCCGCCGAUUUGCAGAAAGCGGUGGACGGCAAAGGCAAUAGAUUACCACGCGAACAUUUGGUCAACAGUUGUCUAGUACUAUUUGGGGCCGGGUUCGUCACCUUAUCAACGUUGUUAUCGUGGUGCAUAUAUGCACUGUGCCGGUAUAAUAGCGUGCAGGAUAGGCUUUUAAAGGAGCUUUUGGACCACGGCGUUGCGGAAGACAAGGCGUGGACUAUGGAUGAGCUGAAUGAUAUGCCAUAUUUGGAUUGGUUUGUCAAAGAAACGCAGCGGAUAUAUAGCCCAUCGCUGCAGACCGCGCGAGUCGCCCAACGGGAUGUGGUUCUCCCCGGUGGGGUAAUGAUAUCCGAGGGUUCGGUCGUCAUCCCAACAUUAUCGCACCAAGAUUCAGUCAGUCGGGACAGCCCCGUGCGGUUUGAUCCGGAGAGCUGGGAGACCAAGGCCGCGAGGACGCUGCCCCAGUCCAGGGGUUGCGCUGGGUUCAGCCGGACCUUGUUGGAGGUCAAGAUGGCGAUGGCGCUGCUGGUGUAUCGGUACGAAUUUUCCCACGCCACUGUGGAGCCCGUUGUUUAUGAUGCCGAGCUUUUGGCUGUCCGUCCGGUGAACUUGUACGCGAGAACAAAGAGACGCACAUGUUGGCCGGGGCCAAGCCCUAAAAAAGAGGACAGCUUCUAG